AUGCUGCCCUGGGUGCCACGGGCGCUGCUCGGCUUGCUUCUGCCCACGCUGCUGGCACCACAGGGAGAAGCCAAGCACAGGGGGGACCCCCAGCCCCCCAACGCCUCCAGGCCGGCUCUGCUGCGGCUGUCAGAUCACCUGCUGGCCAACUACAAGAAGGGCGUGCGGCCCGUGCGGGACUGGAGGACACCGACCACCGUGUCCAUCGAUGUCAUUGUCUAUGCCAUCCUCAGCGUGGAUGAGAAGAAUCAGGUCCUGACCACCUACAUCUGGUAUCGGCAGUACUGGACCGAUGAGUUUCUCCAGUGGAACCCGGAGGACUUUGACAACAUCACCAAACUGUCCAUCCCCACAGACAGCAUCUGGGUCCCAGACAUCCUUAUCAAUGAGUUUGUGGACGUGGGGAAGUCUCCAAACAUCCCGUAUGUCUAUGUCCGGCAUCACGGCGAAGUCCAGAACUACAAGCCCCUCCAGGUGAUGACCGCCUGUACCCUGGACAUCUACAACUUCCCCUUCGACGUACAGAACUGCUCGCUGACCUUCACCAGCUGGCUGCACACCAUCCAGGACAUCAACAUCUCUCUGUGGCGCCUGCCUGAAAAGGUGAAGUUCGACAGGAGCGUCUUCAUGAACCAGGGCGAGUGGGAGCUGCUGGGGGUGCUGACCCAGUUUCAGGAGUUCAGCAUAGAAAGCAGUGACAGCUACGCAGAGAUGAAGUUCUAUGUGGUCAUCCGCCGACGGCCCCUCUUCUAUGCGGUCAGCCUGCUUCUGCCCAGUAUCUUCCUCAUGGUGGUGGACAUCGUGGGCUUCUACCUGCCUCCGGACAGCGGUGAGAGAGUUUCCUUCAAGAUCACACUCCUCCUGGGGUACUCGGUCUUCCUGAUCAUCGUGUCCGACACGCUGCCCGCCACGGCCAUUGGCACGCCGCUCAUCGGUGUCUACUUCGUCGUGUGCAUGGCCCUCCUGGUGAUCAGCUUGGCCGAGACGAUCCUCAUCGUGCGGCUGGUACACAAACAGGACCUGCAGCAGCCAGUGCCCGCCUGGCUGCGCCACCUGGUUCUUGAGAGAGUCACCCUGCUCCUCUGCCUAGGGGAGCAGUCAAUGGCCCGGAGGCCCGCAGCCACCUCCCAAGCCACCAAGACCGAUGACUGCUCAGACAUGGGAAACCACUGCAGCCAUCUGGGGGGACCCCGGGACUUGGAGAAGACCCCGAGGGGCAGAGGCAGCCCUCCCCCACCGCCUCGGGAGGCCUCCCUGGCGGUGCGCGGGCUGCUGCAGGAGCUAACCUCGAUCCGGCACUUCCUGGAAAAGCGGGAGGGGAGCCGAGAGGUGGCCCGGGACUGGCUGCGUGUGGGCUCCGUGCUGGACCGGCUGCUCUUCCGCAUAUACCUGCUGGCGGUGCUGGCCUACAGCGUCACCCUGGUCACACUCUGGUCCAUUUGGCAGUAUUCCUGA